ACGUAAAUCAAAAAUGACAGCCAAUCUGCUUCCCUCAAGAGGUGGAUGGGGACAGACAGAAGUGCCUCUCAAGCCAAGAAGGGUCACUCCGUCUGCAUACACUCAGGAGAUGCUGCAGUCGACAGAGGAGCGCCUUGCCAACACCGACCGCAUGCGCCCGCCUCGCAUCCUGGAACUGCUUGACAUGAGCGAGACCACGCUUCACAAUUUGUCUUACGUGGAUUUGGAUCAGCCGCUCUUCCAGCCUUACCCGUCUGAGCUGGUCCUCCAGAACUUCACUCCUGCACGGACAUACCUGUUACCUCUGCGGCUCGACAACAGAGACAAGGUCUCACGCCAUGUGAAGCUGGAGCACCAGGAGUCCGAGUACUUCCAUGUGGUCCAAGAGGAAGCCGGGAGGAGUGUUGCACCAGGACUGUCUGUUGCCUUCACUGUCUCCUUCACCCCGCAGGAGAACAAGGACUACCACCACAGCCUGGUUUUUGUGACCGAGAGGGAGCGCUUUGAGGUCCCGGUCCGAGCCAUCGGGCCACGCGCCAUUCUUGACUUCCGCGACGAGUUCCUCUUACCCGUCUGUCCCGUGAAGGCCACCACGGAGAAGACUCACAUGGUCCACAACGCCGGAAACAGCGCGGCCAAGUUCAAGCUCGACGUGCAGAGCCCGUUCUCAGUGACGCCCUCCUGUGGGACUCUUGAUGUGGGCGCGUGGAUGCAGGUGACUGUGGACUUCAGCCCCCUGACAGUGGGAGUCCACAGCCAAGAGAUGACUCUGCAUUACCACACUGGUGAAGAUGUGAGCAUCGGACUGUCUGGAACCUGUGAGGAACUGGAGGUCCGCCUUCAGGCCGACUCGGUUCGGUUGAGCAGGACCUACAUCUCCUUGGCCAGCGUCUGCACCGUGUCCCUCAGCUACACAAGUCGUAUCCCUCUCAAGUACUACUGGACGCCGUGGCCCAGCCUGCAGGAGGAGGCGCUGAGCUUAUUGAGGGAGACCUCGGUGCCCCCGCCGAAGGAGCUGGAGGCUGAGCGUGAGCGGCUGCUCGUUCAGGUUGAGUCCGACCCCACGGCGAUCCACCGCCUCCCGCUGCUGUCCAGAGCGCUGCAGCAGCGCAGGAGCCAGGCGCUGAGGGAUUACCGGCUGGUCCUCUCACACAGCUGCACCACGGUGGAACCAGCGGAGGGUGAAAUAUGGCCCAGGACCCCAGGACAGUUCAAGAUCGUCUUCAUGCCCGAGGAGGCAAAGCUGUACCAACAAACAAUAUAUUGUGACAUCACAGGCCGUGAAGCUCGGUUACCCCUCACAAUAACGGCCGAGGGCCUGGGCCCUCACCUUCAUCUCAGCUACGACCUCUUCGACAUGCGGAACGUGGUCGUUGGCGACGGAGUCUUUUAUGAAGUGAAGUUUGAGAACCACGGGCUGAUUGAUGCCCCGUUCAGGCUGUCAGGCCCUGACACCCCCUACGGCCGCUGCUUCUCCUUCAGUCCCGAGGAAGGCGUCGUUCCCUCGGGGGAAUUCCAGAUUGUCAAAGUCACCCUCACCAGUCGCCUCUUGGGAACUUUCUCCGAGGACCUGCUGCUCACUGUCGCAGGACGGCCGCAGCCGCUCAUUGUGACUUUCAGGGGUUGUGUCGUUGUUCCCACAUUCCACUUCGAUGUUCCAGAGCUCAACUUUGGAGAUGUGGCCUUUGGUUUCCCACAGACGUUGAUUUUUAACCUCAUCAACUCCUCGUAUGUGCCAAUUACCUUUGCCCUGCGUGUCCCGGGUGACGGGUUGGGGUCUCCCAGCAUCACUAGUGCCAAACAGGUGUCCCAGGUGUCUGGAAACAAUUGGGGAGGCGGUGCUGCCGGAGACCUUCAUGCUCGGCCUGUGGAGUUCACCAUCACACCGGCUGUGGGCUCCGUGCAGGCCUUGACAGAUGUCACCAUUAAGGUGGAGCUGUGCUCCAACACAGUCAAGAGAUACAGGCUGGCGCUGGUGGUGGAUGUUGAAGGUGUCGGAGAGGAGAUCAUGACUCUGCCCAUCAGUGCCAGGUGCGUUGUUCCUGAUGUUGUGGUGGAGACUCCGGUGUUGGACCUCCGAAGGUGUUACCUGGGCCGGACCUACGAGCAGCGGGUGCGGCUCACCAACACCAGCGCUCUGCCGGCCUGCUACGGCACGCUUGACCAGGAAUACGAGGAGAGUCCGUCUCUGCUUGUUAGCACCUCCUCACCGAGAGGAUUGAUUCCUCCUCACAGUUCAGAAGAGCUGCCCGUGUUUCUGCUGCCGAAGGCCGUCGGGUGGCAGCAGCUCGCUCUCCGCGUUGCCGUGUUCGGCAGCGUGCAGCCGCCCCUGGAGGUGGUCUUGUCCUGCAACGUGCAGGGGCCUGUAGUUUUUGUUCAGAGCACACAGAUGGACUUUGGCGAGAUCCCGGUUCUGACGGACGUCACCAGAGCCCUGCACCUGUCCAACCAGUCUACUAUCCCGGCCCACUUCACUGCUCGCAUGAGCCACGGUGGGUCCUUUGGGCGAGUUGAGCCCAGCGAGGGGGAGGUGCCACCCGAGAGCCAGCUGGAGCUGAGCGUAGUGGCACACCUGAGAGACGUGCGUCACUUCCAGGCCAAGCUGGAAGUGACCAUCCGGCACGGCCAAGCGCACACCGUGCUUCUGUCCGCCACCGGCACCGGCGCCACAAUUGUCAGCGACAGACCUUUCGCUCCCAACCUGGACCUCGGCGCAAACUUAAGCCAUUCGUUAUGUCAGUACCACUUCAAGCUGACCAACCAGGGGAAGCGAACCUACCGGAUGUACUGGCAGUCUGCCGGCUUCCUGCCAAAAGCCCGAAAAGCGUACGGCUUAUCCGGCCGCUCCGUCCUGCCCCCCAUCUCCGCUUCCAGUAAGAAGGGUGUCUGUAGCCGUGGGGCCAAGCCCUCCUCCAGCGAGGGCGAGCUGGUGUUCGCCCUCAGGCCUUCCCGCGUGGAGCUCGCCCCCGGCGGCUCCGUCGACAUGGUGCUCUCGGGAUCGUCGGACUCACCCAAAGCGGUACAGGAGCGCCUGGUGUGCAAAGGCUUUGUGGGGAACCAGGGCUGCAGCAAGCCCAUCAUGACUGUAGAUGUCACCUGUCGCUUUGUGGCUCCCGAGCUCCGCAUCUCCUCCAGGCAGCUGACAUUCUACCUGGAGAAGGUCCCAGGAAGGAGUCCACAGCCCCUCUAUGAGAAGCUCAUCUUGGAGAACGUGCUGUCUCUCUCUCUGUCCGUGGAGCUCUCUCUCGUAGAGCCGUUUUCCCUGUGUGAGGCCUCGGGAGACCAGAGCUCCGCCACCACUAAGUCGGUGGUUCUAGGUGGCGGGAGGCAGGUGGAGUUGUGGGUUUGCUUCAACACAGCUUUCUGUCAGGAUCGGGUGUCACGAGUCGUGGAUGAGGUACUUAAGAUCCACUACCUGGGACACCCGCAGCAAGACGCGGUGGGGCUGCACGCCGAGGUCCACUUCCCCAACCUCCACCUCUCCUCCACCGCGGUGGACUUUGGCUGCGUGCUCAACUUCACGAGGAAUCGCCGAGCCAUCUCCAUGACCAACUGCUCCCCGCUGCCCGUGUCCUACCACUGGGUCUUUCUGGGGGACCCGGAGCCCGGUGCCGUCAGAAAGACAGAGACGCUGGAGGCGGCGCGGGAGCCGACAAAUGAAGCCGAGGAAGAAGGAGAAGAAAAAGGGUGGAGGUCCUCUAGAAUGCCUUCUUCCGCCUUUUCAGCUGCUUCCAGCGCGGCGCUUGGUGCAGAUGAGCCGCGCCGCGCAGAGGGCCCUGUGGGUGUGGAAGAGGUGUUUGAUAUCCUGCCCAUACACGGCCAUCUGCCACCUGGGAAGCAGCAGCAGGUCAUUUUCUCUUUCUACGGCCACGAGAAUAUCAGCAGAGAGGUGGUCGCACAGUGCCGCGUGGAGGAGGGGCCGGCGUACGAGGUCCAACUCAGAGGAGAAGCCGCGGUGGUCAGCUACAGCCUCGACGCUGCGCGUAUCGACUUCGGUCUGCAGCUGUUUGAUCACGAAGGGGAAGCUGAGGUGACCCUGAGGAAUACUGGCAAGAUGGGCUUCAAAUUUAGCAUCCUACACCCUAAAAAAGAGGAUGAGGAGGAAGGUGGAGAGAGGAAGGGGUUGGAAGAGGAGCAAAAUGAGAACGGACAGGAAGUGGUCCCAGGCCACCCCAUGGUCAUCCCUGCUAUGGGUUACAUUGAUCCCGGUGCCGAGCAACGCCUGCGUGUGCUCUACCUGCCGGGCGUCCCCGAGGUGUUUGAGAAGCAGCUCCAGCUGCAGGUGGCUUUCCUGCCACCGCAGGUCAUCACGCUGACCGGAGAGGGCGUGUUCCCGAGGAUCAGCCUGGACCUGCCACAAAACCUGUUAGAGGAGUGCUACAGUGAUGCAGUGCAGCGUGCCAGAUCGGCCGUGAAGAGGGAGGAGCCUAAGAACAGACCUGCCACCGGUGGAGGAGCAACACCCGAGGCCACCUGCACCCUGGAGUUUGAAGAGCUGCUCCAGGUGGAGGUGGAGAGGGCGUUGGUCAGACAGAACGCUCUCGCUGUGACCGGCAGCCUGCUGCAGCGCAGGGACUCACAAGGGUCCUCCAGCAAGUGGCACAAACUUAGCCACUUCCUGCUCCCGGAGUAUGUUUUGGACUUUGGUGAUGUCAUUCCGGGCAACGUCGUCAGUCGCACCGUGAAUGUGGCCAACACCGGCUCGGUGGCCGUGUCCUUCCAUGCCAAUGGCAAGCCUCUCGCUGGAACAGGAUUCAGUGUCGACAUCAAGAGAGUGAAGAACCUUCCCUGUGGAGCGACACAGUCCUUCACAGUUACAUUCGCCCCCCAGAGCACCAACCUGAAGGUGGGGGACACAAGUGUUGUCAUGCCAAUAAAGGUCGUAGACGGCCCGAUGGUCCAGGUGCGGCUGUGUGCGGUGGUGACUGUGCCGGCCGUCACCGUCUCCCAUGACGCACUGCAGUUUGACAAUGUGCGGUGUGGCAUGUGUCAGAUCAGGACAAUACGGCUGUUUAAUCCUGAAUCCGUGCCGUGCUACUGGAGCAUAGCUGAGAAGGGAAUUCCUCUCAAAAAGCGUCAAAAGGACUCGCGGAAACGGCGACCGCCUCCCGCGGUGUUUAGGAUGAUGCCCGGCUCCGGCACGCUGUCCCCUGGCGAAUGGGUCAACGUCCAGAUAAAGUUCAUCCCUGCUGAGGAGCUCGAGUAUAACAGGCUGCUCGCGGUCCGCGUGGCCGAGAGCAGCCGGCAGGUGUUCGUUACGGCGCAGGGCCGGGGGGAGGAGCCACGCCUCGAGUUCAGCACGUCGGUGCUGGAGCUGGGGCCAUGCCAGCCUAUCAGCAUUGACGUUGAGGCUGAGGUCACCGUCAAAAAUCCUUGUUCAUUCCCCGUUGAGUUCUACUCCCUGGAAUUCGACACGCAGUAUCUGAAGGAAGAAAGGAUCCUGCGUCUGAUGCAGGGUUAUGACGAGAACAACCUGUUACUGCUGCCUCCCAGAGCCCCCGGAGAGAGUCUACCCAGCGAACUGCUCGACUUCUACCAGGAGCACUGCUCCCGGCUGAAAGACGACGCAGAGCUGGACGAAGGCCUGGAGAAAGAAGAAGCCGUGACGAGUGACACACACGAGGAAGGAGAGAGGUCGAGGCAAAACGACGCCCACUCCCAAGACGGCAGGGUGGAAGAGAUGCCCAGUGUGAAACAGGCUGAACCACGUGAGUGCCUCAACGCAGCCCGAGGUGAGUUCAAGUCACCGUGUUCUCCGCAGGUAACGUGUGUUUUAGUGACGCUUGUUCUUCCAGUCGUUCCUGAGAGGACCAAAGAGGGACGUCUCGGGGGACUGACCCCCGUCUCCAGAGCCAACGCCCGCCACAUGUGUGUGGAUCUGUCCGACGAGGGUCUGGCCGCGUUGAACCGCAGAGGCAUUGCUGUCAUUGCGUAUGGAGCCCCGCUGACAGAUAAGGGCAGUAUGGUGGCCGCUCUGGCACGUCACUACGGAGGGGCGAGCCUGAGGGUGGAUGCUGUUGUUACAGAGGUGCUCAUGAAUGGCACUUCACCCGUUGGCCUGACUGCGAGGCGACUCUAUGACGCCGCGGCUGCCGAGCACGCCGAGAAGGCCGAGAAGAAGGCAGAGGAGGCUGCUGCGACUACAGAACCAGGAGCUGCAGCAGAUCUGGAGGCCUCAGAACCAGCUCCACAUUCAGCUCGCGACACUUUGGAAGUUCCUUCAAAUCCGAGCGAGGACGGCUUCAGAGGAAAUGACUCCACGGCUCCUCGGGCCCUUCGCCUGGGAGCAGAUGUGACCUCACUCAGCAGUCUGUUGCCUGAACAGCUCCUGGUUGAUAUCCUGGCAGAAAGAUUCCAGCUGAGCGACUGUCACCGCGGCAUCGUGAUCGAUGGCCUGCAGUCGGUGUUCGCUCCGUCAGCAGCCAGCACGCUGACAACUGUUCUCAAGGCACUCAACAACCGUAAACACAUCUUUGUCGUCAACCUGUCUGACUCCUACGCUGCCUGGAAGGCACGGGAGAAAGCCCAGAGAGAAGCCGAGGAGGCUUUGCCGAAAGAGAAGGCAGACAGGCAGGAGCAGUGGCUGCAGCAGCUGGAUGAUGAGGAGUAUGACGCUCUGCCGGAGGAGGAGAAGGAGCGGAUUGUCCAUCUACUGAGAGACAGGUGCAGACGACAGAAGCACAGGGAGCUUGAGCGUGUGAAGCUUGAGCAAGAGAAAGAGGACAAAAAGAGGCUCCAGGAGGAGAUGAAAAGGUUGAGAGAAGAAGAGUUGAAGAAGAAGAGCAGAAGGGCCGCAAAGAAAGACACAAAUGAAAUGACGAGGAAGGACAGCCUGCUGGAGGAGAAGCAGAUGUCUUCCUGUGACAACUACAGAGAGACACUCAUGGAUGCCAGAGAGACGCCGAGUUUAAAUGAAGUGCCUCGCAGCAAAAAGGCCGAUGAUGCACAAAAGCAGACGGAGGAAAGCAAAGCUGCGCAUGCAGAGUCUCCUCCACCUUCAGUCCAGCUGGAGAGAGAGAAGCCCGUUGUGGACGAGCUGCAGUCUCAGUUCAGGGCGUAUGAGCAGAGCCAGAAACAGGUGGCGCACAUCCUGCAGCACUGGGACCGAGCCCGGGGCGCGUUGGGGGUCCCGUGCCCCGGUGAGGGGGCCCCGCUGUCGCCGGAGGAAUCCCUGACAGAGAAACUGACCGCCGUUAGCAAGAGGAGCAGGAGAGCCGGCAGCAAGAGAGCCGGCAGCAGGAUGGUGUCCCCCUGUCAGAUGGCAGUACCAGCUGAAGUGGACGUGGUGCUUCCACAAGGCUCGAUCCCUCAUAUCGUCCUGAACCUAACAGGGAACGAGUACCCGAGCGUCGCAGAGCUGCUCAAAGGCAGCGGCCUGCCUCCAUUGGUCGAGGUGUUGGAUGACUUGGGGUUGGGACCCAGUGGCUCACCCAUACCGCCUCCCAUCACCUUCUCUAUGGUUCCUUUCCCAAAAAACAGAGAGCAAUCUAACAGUCAACUCUCCUGUAGCUGUUUCACCUUCCUGGUUCCCUCGGGGCCGGAAGACGAACACAACAAGGAGAAUAACGAUGUGGUGGAGGACGUGCCAGCAUCGGCUGUCAAGGCGGCGGCAGUUUUCAAAGCUCGCGGCAUGAAGGAGAGCAGAGAGAGUCCGAAGAGCAAGACGAGGGCGAAGGGCUCGGACCGGUCUCGCUCGUCUCUGUUGCACGGCUCCUCCGACAGCCCUGAACCAGACCAACACCAAGAGGACUUAGAGCUGAAACGCAACCAGAGCCUGACAACAUACAGGUGGGUUGUACCAGCCAGCAGUGAGGUGAAUAUGAGGGUCUGGUUCUACUCAGACUCCCCAGGGAACUUUGAGCAGACCUUCACCUUUGAGCUACUGGGAACCCAGAGACCGUACCAGCUCACCUGCAGAGGAGAUUCCACCUAUCCCUCCAUCUGCAAGGACUACAUGACUCUCUUUGCCAACAGUACCAAGGUACCACAGAUGGUAGAAGUGCUCCGGAAGACAUACGCGGUCAAACCCGGAUACUUUGAGUUUGGGCCGUUACUCUGUGGCAAAACAAGAGACAGAUACAAGGAAAAUAGGGACCCAGAGAACAUGGAGCGACUUGUGAUCCAUAACAAUUCAGGCCUGGAAGCCGAGGUCCAGUUCUGUUUCAAGCGUGAUAGCCAGGCCGCCACGUAUCUGCUGGACCCUCCGGCCAUGACUCUCAAACCUGACCAGAAACAGGAGUUGACAGUGUGGGCCUACCCAACACAACUGGGACAAAUGGAGGACAGCAUCGUGUGCCACAUCAAGGACAAUCCGGAGCUCGUCACCAUCAACCUCUCCUGCUGGGGCGUUCGGCCGGAGCUGGAGCUGGAAAGCAAGCUUUUCCACUUUAGAAGGACUUUGCUGCACAGGUGGGAAAGCCGCAGCGUGACGCUGCAUAAUAAGACGGCUCUGCCGGUGUCCUGGAGGCUGCAGGGCGUGGAGGAGUUGAGUGACGAGUUCAGUGUGCCUCAGGAUGAGGGCAUCAUCUCAGCCAACUCCUCCUUCCCACUGAGCUUACACUUCAGGGCCAGGAGGCCCCUCCACAUGAAGAAGAUCUUACGUCUGGAGGUAUCUGAUGUGGAGAAGAUUCUAGGCAUCGUGCACACAGAAAACAUACAGGUCACAGCGGAAGCCUAUGACAUAGCUCUGGACAUCACACCAGAUGGCUGUCUGGACUUCGGAACCAUUAAAGUCUUUGAAGAGGCCAAACUGUCCCUCAAGAUGAAAAACCAAGGGAAAUAUGAAAUAGCCUUCAAGUUUGCUUUGCAGCGGACCGACCCCAACCAGCCACAACUGGACUCCAUGUUCACCGUGUCCCCCCUGAGCGGGACUCUAAUGCCCCACGAGAAACCCACAACAGUGCAAAUACUAUGCAGGCCCAACACAGAAGUCUCAAUGAGAGAGCAGCCUAUCCUGCCCUGCCAGGUGAUUGAUCCCAGCAUUGGGAAUGGAGGAGAACCCGUAGCCAUCCUAGCCAACACGGUUUCAGUCAAGUCUGUCUUCUCCAGGUACAAGAUCACACCUGCAUGUGACCUCAACUUUGGCCCCCUGGUCUACGGCCACAAGAAAAGCCAGAGCUUCACUAUUGAGAACAACGGGGACUUCGAGACCCGCUUCAGCAUCAGCCGCAGGAUCACGGACCCUCCGUCACCGGGGAAGGCAGGGGGCCCCGGGAGGAAGAUGCCCCUCGAAAGCCACGCGGAGAGACCGACAGGUGCCGCGAGCAAAGUGAGACGUGAGUCCAUCCAGAAGGACACGAAGACGACUCAGGUUUCUCUCCAGAGCCGCCUCACCAUGGGGGUGUUCUCUCUGUCCCCCUGCAUCGGGAGCCUGCCCCCCGGCUCCCAGCAGGUGGUGACUGUGGACUGCACGGCUGAACAGCUGGGCAAGUGGCAGCAGGGUUUGCUCGUGGACGUCAGUGACCGUGAUCCUUCAGACCAGCCCGAAGGCAUCGCGUACGCACUGCUGGCCGAAGUCUGCAAGCCAGGUAUCGCGUUGGACAUGGCAUCCAUCUUUGAGGAACACCACGUGUGCCUCGACAGCAGUCAGCUCUUCUCUGAGCAGUUUUGCAACGCCGGACGCAUUUACGUUCGAGACAAGAACCAGUUUAUUUUCAACAGAGUCCUGGUGGGGCGAGCGGCCCAGGCCCGAUUCAAACUCACAAACAAGAGCAAUGUGCCCUGUGUGCUCAGCUUGGCCAUCAAGUCUGUUGGCGCUAAGACGUCCCGCAGUGCGGAGGUUUUUGAUUUGUCCGCUACGACGCUGAGCAUCCCAAGCCAGUCGCACGUGUUCGCUGAGGUCACCUUCACGCCCCAGACGAUGCAGCUCUACAGCGCUGUGUUUGAGGCCAUAAUGGAUCAUUUCGCCAGCAGAAUGACACCCACAUUCAAGAGCACGGUGCUGGAGUUUGACCUCGUGGGAGAGGGCAAUCUGCCCAGUGUACGCGUGGUGCGCCCGGCUCUGAGGAGCGACAGAGGCAGCCCGAUGCUGCGGUUCACGCGGGUGUUGGUGGGGCGCCGACAAACCCGCCGUCUGGUGCUGCUAAAUGAUGGGAAUAUUCCAGCUCGGGUCCAGAUUGACAUGCUGGAUAAACACGGAGUGUUCACCCUCAAAGCUGCUCCUGGACACACUUGCCGCUCCGUCCACUCCACGCAGACGGAGGGCCCCGAUGACUCGGAGCAUCAGUCGGCGCACCACGCCGCGCUGAGGCUGGACGUUAACGAGCAGGUGGAGUUUGAGGUCAGCUUCUGCUCUGAGGAGCCCACCAGCAUCACGGCCGAGAUGACGCUGCAGGUGGAGGACAACCAGUACGGCAAGACCCGAAUACAAGUGACCGGAGAAGCUUACCAGGAAGUAGUCUCCCUGGACAACAUCGGACAGGAAAUAGAUCAGGAGGAUGAAGAGGGAGGUGAUGUAAUGCCGAAUUUGCUGAAUUUUGGGUACUGCCAUGUAGACUGUCCCUAUCAAGAGAGUUUCACCAUGACCAACCACAGCAGCGGCCAGGUAGUGCGGUUUGAGUGGCCACCUGCCGGAUCCCACGUCUUCUUCUCACCUCAGGUGGGGCACCUUCAUGCUGGUUGUUCCAAGGAGGUGACUGUCACCUUCCACUCCAACCAGCCAGUGACGCUGAGCAGCCAGCCAAUGAGAUGCGACGUUAGUCGGGUGGAGUUCCAGCAGCCGCUAGAGCAGGUGGCCGACUGGGACGACCGGCAGAGGACGGUGCGGUGGCUGAAUCCUUCCGCGCAGGCCUCGGGAGCAGCACCACCGCAGCCUGUGAAGAACAAGGACCCGGAGCCCUGCUGCUCGGUGGUCGAGGGCUCCCAUUGGGUGCUGGAAUUGCGAAUCAGCGCAGUUUGUGACUACGUGAAGUUCAGCUGCGACACCGACGCCAUCCUCUUCAAAGACACGCCGCUGUACCAAACCAGCCUCCACCGACUGCAGAUCGUGAAUCAUGGCGCCGUCGAUCUGAAAUACUCCUGGCAUGUCCAGAUGGAUCCGAGGGACGGCGGUGUGAACCAAGACCAGAGAGAUGGAAGACGGACGUCUCUUCUGACGGGGAAUCCUGAGCUUCCGCCCGUCAGCGUGGAGCCCAGCGUCGGGUCCGUGGCGCCCGGCGCCACUCAGGAGUUAAGCGUCCGCUUUUCCCCUUGGGAAGUGGCCCAGUCUCAGGGCAGGCUAGUCAGCAGCAUCCCCAACUUGCAGGAUGGCGCCCAGGCUCCCUGUGUCUCGGUGUGUGGCCGCAGCACGUUGCCCCAAUGCCACUUUGAGCUGGAGGACUCGGACUACGUCCGUGAGAACCGCCGCCACCCGGAUUUCAGGGAACCUGUGGACCCUGACACCAGGGUCGUGGAGUUCAACUCUGUCGGCCUCUCUGUGCCGUGCACAAGACGUUUCAGUGUGGUGAACCCCACCAGUAAGCCGUACUCGUUCAAGUGGAGGUGUGAGGACACAGGCGCUGGCCCGUUCUGCUGCCUCACCCCACGCGGCACCAUCUUGCCUGAGAGUAACGCGGAGGUGUGUUUUGAAUAUGUAGCUGAGCAGCUGGAGGCGGUGGAGUCAUUCUGGAGCUUUAGGAUCGAGACCCUGGCGCUGUCGUUCCCCUUCCUGUGCGUGGGCUCCGCUAGAGAACCCCUCGCCUACCUCGACACACCUCACCUUGACUUUGGAGAACUGCUUGUUGGUCGUAAAGCGGACCGGGCGGUGGGUCUGGUGAACGGGGAGGAGGAGCUCGUCCACUUCUCUGUGGCGCCGUCGUCUCUUCUCUGUGGAGACCAGCGGUCCAGCCUCGUUGUGCAGCCCAUGACCGGCACAGUGGCCCCAAGAGACAGGCUGCCUCUGUCCGUGUCCCUCACGCCUUGCCAGGAGGGCUGCGUGAGCUUCCGAUUGGUUCUGAGGGUGAAGAGGAAAUCGGAGCCACUCGCGCUCACAGUCAAAGCCGAUUGUUUCAGCAUGAGGACCUCGGUUCACGUGGAGCAGCCCGACGGAGGCCUCAGAGAGAUCGUCCCCGACCACAAAGACACGUUGGACGUGGGGAAGUUGGGGGUCUCGGAGCAAUCCGCCGUUCACCUCCUGGUGUCCAAUCUGGCGAGAUUCAGAUUGGAGGUGAACUUUGACCUCACGGGUCCCAGUGAGCUGCUGCAACACCUGGAAGUAAAGCCGCAGCGCGACACUGUCGAGGCCGGGAAGCGGCUGCGGGCUUCCCUCUGCUUUUGUCCUCGGGGCGUUUGCAACCUGCGGGACAUCCGACUGAGCAUCACGAUGGAGAACGGCCCGACGUUCACAUUUGCCGUGGAAGGCGGAGCCGUAGCUCCUAGCCUUGAAUUCUCCUUCACCAAGCACAACUUUGGCAAGUGCCUGGUGCACAGCGCGGGCGCGGCGCCGGCCGCCGCCCAGACGCUGGUGAUCCGCAACAGAGGCAAAAGGGACAUCAGUGUCGAGUGCCAGUUCAGAAACACCGCUCACCUUGAGAUGGACUUCCAACCGGAUACUUUGUGCCCCGGUGCCGCGAUGAAGGCGGCGGUCACCUUCUACCCGCGCGAGGCACGCCGUUACCACGAAAGACUCACCUUCGUCUUCGACGGCUGCGUCGCGAGACACGUGGACGUGCUGGGGCAAGGCGUGGAGGUGGAGCUGGGGGUGGAGGACCCCACGCAGCGGAAAGUGAAGCUGGGAUCUCUGAUGUUGGGUCAGAAGGUGAAAAAACAAGUGGUUCUGGUCAAUCGCAGCCCUUUGGACCUCUCCUUCACUCUGCUGCUUAACACCAACACACCACUGGCUCCAAGGGACCUGUCCGUCAGUCCUGCAGGCGAGCUGAACCUGAAAGCCCGCGUCGGCUCGUGUAGCGUUGAGAUCCAGUUCUCGCCCCGUCAGCACAUCCCUCCCUUCACCGCCGAGCUGCAGGCGGAGUUUGCGGGCCUGCUACACCCCCUGCUGACCGUCCAAGGCUGCUGCCGGGCUGUGGAGGUCCAGCUGGACCAGGUCCACCUCGCCUUUGGAGCCGUGGUCCAGCGCUGCCGAGCCAGGAGGACGAUGGUCAUGACGAACACUGGGGACAUUGGUGCCAAGUUCCAGUGGAAAACAGAUGACUUUCCUCCAGAGUUGUCCAUCACACCAGCUCAAGGCUUCAUCUGUCCAGGCAUGGAGGUUCCUCUCCACGUGACCUUUGCCCCGGUGGAUCUGAUAAACGACACAAGAUAUGAGAACCUGUGUUGCUGCGUGGAGGGCUCCUCCUCGGCCGUGACCCUCACCGUCACGGGCUCCUGCAUUGCAGCCUCCACGAGCAAAGAGGUGGUGACCUUUGUCUGCCCGGUGCGCGGCUCCCACACUCAGACCGUGGCCGUGUUCAACCCCACAAACCAGCGCUGCAGCAUCAGACCCGUCAUCGAGGGAGAACAGUGGAGCUCCGAGCCAUCUGUGACCCUCGAACCCUUCCAGAACAAGACCUGCGAGAUCACCUACCGACCGCUGUCCGUGACCGCCGACGGGAAGAAACACCUGGGAUCCGUCUUCUUCUCCUUCCCCGAUGCGACCGGCAUGCUGUACUCCCUUCACGGAACCGCUGAGCCUCCAAAGCCAAAGGACACCAUCGUGCAUGAACUGCCUGCAAAGACUCACCACACCGAGUCGCUUCCCGUGCACAACUGGCUCUCCAAGCAUCAGCGGUUCCGCGUGUUGAUGGAGAUCCUGAAACCGGACAAUCCCGAUGCUACGGUGUCCCUGAAGGGUCUGGAAUACAUGGAUGUCCCCGCUUCGGCCAGUCGAGACUACACGAUGUCUUUCUUUGCAUACAGAGAGGGGACUUACAGCACCAAGGUGACGUUUCGUAACGAGGGCUCCGCCGAGUACUUGUUCUACCUCGUUACCUUCAAGGCCACGCCCCCAGGAGUCCUGUCCACCAUAACACUGGCGACCGCCGUCCAUCGGACGGCCUCGGCCACCGUGCAGGUGGAGAACCCCCUGACCACGGCGACCUGCCUGACCACGGAGUGUAAAUGCCCUGAAAUCAGCGCCCCGCCUCAGCACACCGUGCCGGGACAGUCAACGGGCUCCCUGAGCUUCGAGUACCAGCCGCUGCGCGCGGGCGAGUCUGUGGCCCGGCUGACGCUGCACAGCAACGAUCUGGGCGACUUCCACUACGACCUGCUUCUCAGAGCUCUGCCUCCGCCGCCGGAGAAAACCGUCCACUUCCGCACGAGUCUGGGCCGCAGCCAAUCCCUCGUUGUAAAGUUCACCAACCACGGACGCUUCAAAGCCGAGUUCUCUGGCAAGACCGACUGCCCGGACUUCACAUUGGACAAGGCCAGAGCCCAGCUGGUGGGGUCAGAGGUCAGCAUUGAAGUUAGUUUUGAACCUCAUCAGCUGGGGGUAGCGAGAGGCCAGCUCAGCCUGUCCUCGGCCGUCGGGGGCGACUACGUCUUCCCCCUGGAGGGGCUGUGCCUCCCCCCCGAAGCCCAGGGCCCGUUUCGCGUCGGUGCCGGUCGCACCGUUUCCAUCCCCUUCAAGAAUGUCUUGCUGCAGGCCGCCACGUUCUCUCUUCAGGUGGACAACCCUUGUUUCAUAGUCAAAGAGGUGGAGAGCAUCCCCUCCAAAAAGACCCAAAACAUCCCGAUGACCUUCGAGGCCCCUCCAGGGAGCUCCCCGGGGCCGUGGUUCGGCAAGCUGACCGUCUCCAGCCGGCGCUCCGAGGGCCACAGCACUCCUUGUUCAUGGGAGUUUUACCUGAGGGGCCACCGCUCCGAGUCAUCUUAGGGACAGAGACGUGUGCAGACUUACCGUACACACACACACACAUGAGAGCACACACAUGCAGACACACACGCUAACAGAUGAAUGCACAGGACACGGUUUUACCUCGAGCAUUCAAUGUUUAACUUGUUUUCUUAAUGAUGCUUUCUGUGUGCGCUCACACAUUAUUUAUACAACGCCUGAACUCCAGGGUCGCUUUCAAAAACCAACUGAAUGGCCCUGUGCGUAUUUAUUUGCUUCGAAUAAUCUGAGGCCAGGGUGACCGGUGGAUUGCUCCCUCCAGGUGGGGACCGAGUGCCCCAAGCGAAGGAGUUCAAGUAUCUUGGGGUCUUGUUCACGAGUGAGGGUACGAUGGAGAGAGGUCCACAGGCGGAUCGGUGCGGCCGCAGCAGUGAAGCGUUGUACCGGACCCUCUUGGUGAAGAGGAGCUGAGCCGGAAGGCAAAGCUCUCAAUGUACUAACCCUAACCUGCUACUCCUUCGCGUCGAAAGGAAUCAGCUGAGGUGGUUCUAAUCGGAUUCGAACGCCUCCCGUUAGAGGUUUUCCAGGCACGUCCAUCUGGGAGGAGACCCCGGGGAAGACCCGGGACACGCUGGAGGGACUACAUCUCCCGGCUGGCCUGGGAACGCCUCGGGACCCCCCAGAAUGAGCUGGACAAUGUUGCGGGCGAUAGGGAAGUCUGGCUCUGCUGCCCCCGCCACCCGACCCCGGAAUAAGCGGAUGCCUGUGGAUGGAUGGAUGGAAUUAGUUGUCACAUUUGUGUGUUUGUGAAUAUUUAAAAAGUCAGCUGAAUAAAAACCUUCAGAGGAAACCUGA